CUUCAACUAAUCUAUGUCUGGUUUCUAUCAAGCAUCUCCGUCUUAAAAUAAUGUCAGAUUUUAGAUCUAUGGCUUCUUUGGUGGAAAGGUUAUUGCUACCAUAUGUCUUUCGGAGAUAAACAAUAAUCACCCAUAAAUACCAGCCUUCCCCGAGAAGGUCAAAAGAGCCUUGGACCAAGAGAGAAGAAAACCCCCCCUGUUUCUAGUUGUGCUCAAGAAACAAUACAACUCUUCAAGAUCUAUCUGGAUUAAUUUCCCCCAUCUUCCUUCUUAUCCCCAAUUCACUCUAACCAACUCUUCCACUACAAGAGUAGUCCUCUACCACAGCUUAUAGCUUCCCCGUCUAAAUCAUCUACUGUUUCAAGAUGCCUACCGGUUGGUCUGAUCUCCCCAUGGAGCUGAAGUUGAUGGUCUUCGGACACCUAGAUGGCAAAAACUGCACUUCGAGAGACGAGAAGCAAGACGACCGUCUUGCUCACCACAAGUCGGCAUACGCCGCAGUCUCGAGGCAAUGGCAAGCCUACUUCGAGCCCAUCAACUUCGAGCGACUAGUGGUCCGCCAAUCCGAGCUCUCCUAUUUCGACCAAAUCAUCGACGACCAUCGGAUGUUCGAUGUGCGGGCGUUGUGGCUGCGUAUCGAGCUCCCGCGCUAUGGCUGCGACUCGUGUGCCAAGGCGGAGAGCAAGAAGGAGGCCUCGACCAACAACCGCAUCUUCACCGAGGCGCUGUGGAACCUCUUCAACAUCCUGGACAAGUGGCAGAAGAGGAGUGGUGCCAUCGGAACCCGCAAGCUCUGGCUCAAACUGAUCCUUAGCGUAUACUCGCCCAGCGACCGCGAGCACCACUACCGCUCCCACUGCUUCGAUGACGACAUCCAGGGGGGCUACACGGGCGACUACGUACCACACCAUGACCCGGCCCACCACUGGCGCCGCGGCCAGCAGACGCGGCCGAACGUGGAGACGCAACUGCGCCACAUGGGCUCCCCCCUCUACUACGACUUCAGCCGCAUCCACCCCCCCGAGGCCCGCCACUUCCCCCAACUCAAGUUCGUCCGGGCCCUGCUCACGCCGCGCCAGUACUCCCGGCCCCUCUCCAAUCUGCACCUGGUCAUCCGCAGCCUCCCGCGGCUCGAGGUCCUGCGCCUCGAGACCUUCCGCGACGUGACCGGCGACCGGGAGUGGGACCGGGCCUGGGACUUCGCCGCGACGCUGCGCGCGCUGCCGCGCUCCCUGCGCAAGUUCAGCGCCUUCGAGGACUCGAGCCCCGCGCUCGCGCCCCCCGCCCCCGUCGUCAUCGCGCCGAUGUCGUCGACGCUGCUCGAGGCCACGGCGCAGCGCCUGGCCGAGAUCGACGCCUCCUUCCUCGUCUGCGCCGAGUGGUUCUUCCGCCGGUUCCUGCCCAGCGAGAUCGACGAGACGGCCCAGCGCGACUUCUGGCCCAGGCUGCGCGCGCUCUCGCUGACCUCGGCGCAGCUUCGGGUGGAGGGGGCCGCCGAUGACCGCGCCGAGGUGCUCGAGUGCGCGGCGCGCGCGGCGCUGCGCAUGCCGGUGCUAGGCGUCAUGGAGAUCUGGCACGGCGAGGAGGGCGAGGUGCGUAUCUUUCGGUACACGUGCCGCAAGGAGAACGCCAACGAUAGGGGGAAGACGUCGACGGUGCAUGUGCUGGACUCGCACGCGGUUCCCAUGGAGCUCCGCGAGAGUGUUGUAAGCGAGUGGCAGGCGGUUGCGUGCAAGUAUGGCAACGGCGCGUUGAAAGUGGAGCGCACGAAGCUGUCGAGUCGUGAUAUCAGGUCGCAUGGAUCGGCGCUGCGCUGGCUGGAGAGGCGCCGCGAUAUCGUCUCGGCGGGGUCGGCGCGGCAGCUCGCGUGGGAGGCGAGGAACUUGAGACGUGUGCUGCCGACGCCGAGUGUGCCGGCGGCGCCGCGUGGGAUUAAUUGAGGCAUCCCUGUCAUGUUCACACUUGCGAUAAUUCUGCUGCGUUUACUUAUUCAUCAGGUAAGCCAUAUUUAGCUUCUAUCUUCAUACGUGAUUAGUAGCUGACCAAACAAGCAGGUUUUAUACCUUUCAUCGAAAACUUGU